AUGGCGCAGAGUUCUGCUCCCGACGAUCCCACAAACGGCAUCUACAACCAGAGCAUCACCAAUACCGAAGACGAUGGAAAUAACAAGGAUAACCAGCCAAUAUCCCUUAUUGCUCGGAUCAAUACCCUGCCAAAGGAGCUUCGUUUGAAAAUUCUCAAAGUCGAAAUGGAAUAUUCAAUAGUCGAAGAUUGCCUUGACGGAACUCAAAGACCGUCAAUCUUCGCAGCAUUGAAAGUCAACCCCGAUCAAACUCUCUACAAUGAAUUCUUAGAGGAACACAACCGCUCUCAUGCUGUAGUCCAUAUUCAUAACGAGGAAGACUUCAACAAAAGGAAGAUGAAGGAUUUACUGCAGAUCAAGCACUUAACCAUCAUUUACCCUCUGACAUUUAGGGCACAGAAGCUCACAAUACAGAAUAAAGUGGAAACUCUAUUCUUGGACUACCGAUAUUCACACAAUGACAUCAAAAAACUCUCGAAGCAACUGCAUGAACAAGGCUACCCGAAUAAUAACCUUUACAAUGACUAUAUUGACAAAAAGUCCGCGAACAUCGGUCCGACAAAUGUUUUAGAUGUCCUGAAAUUUCUAAUCGCAGCCAAUCAGAAGUCGUCGGGAUUGAGAAAGCUGAUCGUAAGGACAACGGGCGAAAAGGUCAAACUCGUCGCGAUCCUCUCGUCUGGUCUGAAGUUGGAGCCGCAAAAGAGAUUCCACAAAGGUUUUGUCUACUACAUUUGUAAGAAGCCCAAUGAUAGCAUCUUGACUUGGGAUCCAAGAGUAUCAGGUAGCUACUACGACGAGAAACUAAAUAGUGGUAUCUGA